AUGGCUUCCAGCUCGCCGGAGCCCGCCGUCCGUGCCGUGGGCCGGCCGCUCUCCGGCCUCUUCAAGCGCAUCAACAUCCCGCUGACGCCGACAAGCCCUCCGGGGCUCGUCCAAGCCAGUGUCGUCGAUCCCUGGUCCAGCUCCGGCAAGUAUGCUCUCGGCUGGACCUACUUUGCCCUCGCCGUCGUCGGCAGCGUCGUCGUGGUGCGCAUCUGGCAUUUCUGGCAGGACAAGAUUCGCCAGGCCAUCUACAAGCACCAGGUCGAGGAACACUACCGCAGCCUCUACGGCGCCGAUGUCGACCACGUCUCCGCCUCGCAGCCCGAACAGUCGACGGGCCAGCACUUCUUCCCGGAAGGCGCCGGCCUGGGCUAUAAGCAGUUCCGUCCCAGGGCUCACUUCUCCUCCGUCGGCUUCGUCAACGACACCCUCGCCCUCUUCCGCUGGGUCUUCUACCGCCCCAUCCCCGAUGUUGUGUGGAAGAGACACCGCCUUACCUUUUCCUCCCUCGCCGUGCUGACCUGCGCCCUCAUCGCCGUCGCAUUCGUCACCCUCUACUGCUUCCUGCAGCAGCCCCUGUACUGGCAGAGCAUUCAGUUCGGCUCUCCGCCCCUCGCCAUCCGGGCCGGCAUGAUUGCCGUGGCCCUGACGCCGUGGAUCGUCGUCACCAGCAUGAAGGCAAACGUCUUGGCCAUUGUCAUCGGCAUUGGCCCCGAGCGGCUCAACGUGUUCCACCGCUGGCUCGGCUACUUGUGCCUCUUCCUCUCUCUCGUCCACAUGAUACCCUUUUACGUGCAGCCCGUGUGGGAGGAUGGCGGCAUGAAGGUCUUUGGCCAGCUGUUUCCCGCCGGCAGCGGCCUCAUCUACGGCACCGGAGUGGCCUGCAUCGUGCCGCUUAUCUGGCUGUGCGUCGCCUCACUGCCGUGGAUCAGGAGGGCGGCCUACGAGGUCUUUGUCCUCCUCCAUGUUCCCGUCGGCAUCGUCUAUGUCGGCCUGCUCUUCUGGCACACCAAAAACUUUCUCAUGUCCUGGUCCUAUCUCUACGCCACCAUUGCCAUCUGGGCCUUUAGCUACCUCAUGCGCUUCUUCAAGCUCAACUGGACCAAGCCCUGGCGUCUGUCUUUUCUCGUCGGCGAUGAGGCGGCCAUCACCUUGAUGUCGGAAAACGCCAUCAAGAUUACGAUCCCCACGCAGAUGCGCUGGAAGCCGGGCCAUGACGACUUCCCAUCCGACUACGGCGACAGGUAUCGCGACUGCGUCCUCGUUUUCAAGCCUUACCGCGGCUUCACCAAAAAAGUGCUCGACACCGCUGUCGCCAAGGGCCCGUUCCAUACCUACCGAGCCUUCCUGGACGGCCCCUACGGCGGCAUGCGCCGGGACCUGGCGGCCUUUGACACUUGCAUCCUCAUUGCGGGUGGCAGCGGCAUCACCUCGUUGAUGUCCCAGCUGUUGAAUCUCGUCAAGCGGAUGCGAGACGGCAAGGCCAUAACCCGCAAGGUCAUGGUUAUCUGGGCCAUCAAGCGGUUCGAGGCCAUGGACUGGUUCAGAGAGGAGCUGCGCAUCUGUCAAGAGGCAGCCCCCCCAGAGAGCGUCAUCUGCAAAUUCUUCCUGACGUCGGCCGUGCGUCAGCGGCCGGGGGCCGAGAAGACGGGCCCAAUGGGCGGGCACAAUCCGAGGGCACUGAACCACAUGCUGCACGACAAACUCGAUGGCUUCGUCGCGGGCAUUGCGUCGAAGCGCAACUCUGCUCUGAUACAUGCUGAAGCCCAAGGUGACCCGGAGCGCGAACGCGAGCUGCGUGCCGAGGACGAGGAUCGCAUCACGGCGCUGCCGCAGCAAAAAUACCUGCAGCCUCAUCAGAUACCACCCUCCAAUCCAUCAAAUCAUCACCUUGGCCCCGAAGACGCGUUGCGGCUCGGGCCUCACGGAUAUCCCGAGGACAAGAAGCAUAGAGCAGACGACGACGACGAAUGCAAUAGAGUGCAAGAGCUCUACCUGCCCCCGCCCGGAGAGGAGAAUGCACCCAAUACCACUAAUAUCCCAGCAUCGUCCCACAAGCAGCCCGUCGACGGUGAGCAGGAGGAAGAGUCGCUUCCGGUGCGCGCCCCCGAGCUGGCGCAUCUACGACACACUAGCCUGCCUCCUGGAGCGGCGGCUAAGCAGCGGCCGGCGUCGACGUUUGGCCCGCCUGCCGGGUUCGAUUUUGGCUUCCCGCAGACACCGACCGAGUUCCAAAAGAGCUUGAUGCAGUUUGCCUUUCCCAUACCGCACCAAAUGGACGGCGGCUGGACCGUCGAGUACGGACGUCCACAGCUCGGCCACAUGCUCAAGGAAUGGGCGACGGGCGGCAUGGAUGGCCGAGGCAUCCUGGGGAGGAGAACGGCCGUGUUUGUGUGCGGCCCGCCGUCGAUGCGAGUGGGCGUCGCCAACACAGUGGCGAGAUUGCAGGCCGAGAUCUGGGGCGACGACGAGCUGGAGGAGAUUUUUCUGCACACGGAAAAUUACGCCCUCUGA